AUGGCGGAGAGCUCACCGUUCAGGACCAUCUCCAACCUGCAGAGAAAGCCCAGCAUGUUGAGCGUCCAACAUUCCGUUCCGGAAGGUCGUCUCAAUAGCUGUAGCUCCAGUCCUGCCAGCCCUGGUGGGGUGACGGGCUGGGGGUGGGAGGAGGUGGCUGCGUGGCUGACAGAAAUUGGCAUGCAACAGUAUCAGGAUUCGUUUCAGAAGCACGCAAUAGAGAGUGGGAGGGAGCUGCUGCAGUUGAAGGAGGAUCACCUGAAAGAGAUGGGUGUGGGAAAAGUGGGCCACCGUCUCCGGUUGUGUGAGCAUUUGAGGGAGCUCCGCAGAUUAGCUGAAGUCACUGCAGAUGGGGUAGACAUGGAUAGUCUUCUGUCCCAACUGGACGAAGCCCGGGCUGCAAGGUUCAUGCAUCGCCAGCCAAAGAGGAUCAUCCUCAUCCGCCAUGCUGAGAGCAUUGGUAAUGUGGACUCAUCAGUGUAUGCACAUGUUCCAGACAACAAACUGGAUAUCACAGAACGUGGCAGACAGCAAGCUUAUGCAACUGGGCAGCAGCUGAAGGAAAUGAUCUCUCAUGAGUCAGUGACAUUUUAUGUUUCCCCGUUUUUGCGCUCAAAACAGACUUACGACCAGCUCAGGAUGUGCUUCCAUGAUGAACAGGUGCUGUGUUAUCGUGAAGAUCCGCGGCUGCGAGAACAGGAGUGGGGCAACUUUCAGGACCCAGAGCAGAUGGAGAAGAUCAAGCAGCAGAGAAGGGAGACUGGUGCAUUCUACUACAGAUUUCCAACUGGAGAAAGUGGAGCAGAUGUGUUUGACAGAGUCUCCAUGUUCCUGGAGACCCUCUACAGGGACAUGGAGAAAGGAACGUGUGGCCAGAACACCAUCAUUGUCACCCACGGACUGUUCUGCCGACUCUUCCUCACCAGAUACUACCACUGGAGCGUGGGGAAGUUUCACAAGCUAUGGAACUUUGACAAUUGCCAGUUUGCCAUCAUGGAACUGCAGCCAAAAGGACACUACAAACUAGUGACAGACCUGAAAUCUGAUCCGUAG